AUGUGCAAGAUCAUCAAGUAUCGCUACACCAAGUGCUGGAGGCCCGUGGAUGCGGGCGAGAACUAUGACGAGCGUGAUCCGAGGAAUCUUUGUGAUGGAGGUGUUGAAAACCUAAAAUUGCCUUGCGUCAUCGAGGUUUGCGACAAGCACAAAGAUGGUGUUCCCCGAUACGAUUUCGGCUGCGAACACUUUGAAAAGGAAGGCCCAAGUUGCGAACCUUCAGUGGAGUUCUGUUAUCUCCCAACCUACUGCGCCGCUCAUCGUGAGAAUAUGGCCCAGGAGAAUCGACCGAUUCCAGCCGACGACCCAGGCAUCCACUGUGAUCCCAAACUGCCACAAGACGACUUGACCUGGCAUAUCCCCAGAGUGCUGUGGAGGGAUCCUGGUUUCCGCAUGGUUGACUGGAAUCCAGAGCCAACAAAAGGGCCUCUUGACCGGCCCAACUACAGCCCAAAAACAGGGCCAAUUUUCAAUCCCGCAGACGCUGGAGUUAUCAAUGCCUUUUAUGAUCCUGAACACCGGAUAUCUGCCGAUGGUCGCCCCGUAGAUUUGCUGGCGAAUCAUUACGACGAACUAGACGUCAACGACAGGCCCGCCUGCCCGAGACUCAGAGGGCUGGCUAUGCCGCUGCCUAGGUCACAGCCUCCUCAAGAUGCCCAUACUCCUGGUCGCCAAACAAGCCAACCCGAGUUUCAGUUCACUAACCUUCAAGUACGAUUACAGUCCAAGGACUCCCCAGGACGACCACGUCGCAAUAACCCUCUGGGAGCGCUGCGGGCCUCUGACUCAACCAUGGGAGGUGCAAAACCGGCAGCCUUCGCGCCACUUAACCCAUUCGGAACUUGGCGAGAGCAAUCGCAGUCCAGAUUAGCAUCCGACAGUUCGUCGUCGUCAAGCGGCUCUUCUCCGUCAUUAACAUCUUCGAGUCGACCAAGCCAGGUAGGGUUAUACUUGGAUCAUUUUGAAAAGCGCAACAGAGCCCACCAACCGGGAUCUACUUCGCCAAUCGAGCCCUCUCCAUGUUCCACGGCCACCGCGCACUCCAGGGCGAAGUCGCCGGUGCCGAGUCCGUUUUCAACAGACGGAGAAGAUGUCCCAUCGUCUGAAAUACUGUCUGGGACUCCGGUAACCUCAACACAGCUCUUCUCGGAAGUGGCAUCUACAUCACCGGUCUGGCCAGCCUUCCCCACAAGAACACAAACACCGGUGCAACCAGGAGGCUCAUGGAGCCCAUGGCUGGAGAACUCAGUCCCGUCGGAAGGACCUCCAUCUUUUGCAAGAUGUAGUCAGCUGCGGAUGCUGAUACUUGAACGGAUGCCUCGCCUCGACAUGGAGAUCCCAGAACGGCGUUUCUGUCGUUUUGGUGAUCGCCAGCAAGGAGGGCUUGAGUGGGUGACUUUCGGUAUUUCGCCAGAUGAGAGGGAAUUAGAAUGGGAUACGCUGAUCAAUGCGUACCGGAAUGGAGAGCGCGAUUUCAGCAGAUUCAACUACCCUCGCCCGGUGCCUGAUGUACCGUUGUCGCCAAUCCAAACUUUGGCGUGGAACUUGCCCAGUCUACAACCCUCGACUUCGCUUAAUCCAGGUCCAGCUGGAGGGUUUCCCAGCCGGCAGUCUGAAUCACUGACAUUUAUCCAAUCCCUACCUGGAGGAGACAAGAACGAAUCAGGACCGGCAGUAUCACAGUCAAGGUCACCCGUCCAAGAUGCAAGGCCGCAAAAGCGAGAAAGUCCUAAUGAUGAAGACGAAGAAGAACAAAGAACUGCCAAAAGACGCAAGCUCAAUACAGGAGGAGCGGCCGCGCCCGUUGGAAGUACACAUCACAUGAGACUGAGAAGCAGAGGCGCCGGCCCUGCGAGGGUUGACCACGCUAUGAACCUCAGGCCCCCGGGACCCAAGGCUGCUCCUGCUCCUACUCAGCCGGUCCAACGGAGAGCCAGCACCGCCACCAGAGCCGUGACUCGAGGCAAAGGCCCUUCCAAGACCAAAGGCAAAUCUAAAUCUCCUGCAAAGGUCAAGCCUCGGAGUGGAAACGGCGUCCCACGGAAGACGCAGAGCCGAGGACGUGCAGCUCUGCCACAAUCUCAAAGACAAGUGGCAACAAGUCAAGCAGGGAGAUCCAGACAGUCUGCAAACUCUUCAACAUCAAGGCGCGGAGCUAUGACCCGCUCACGGCGAGCAGCGACAGGCUCACAGCCCAAUAAAGGGUUGGAUUAG